AUGAGUCAAGCUAGAGAUGCGGCUGACCAAAACUUUGAUUACAUGUUUAAGCUGCUUAUUAUUGGCAAUUCUUCAGUCGGGAAAACAUCUUUCCUCUUUCGAUAUGCUGACGAUAGCUUCACAUCAGCUUUUGUUUCAACCGUCGGUAUCGACUUCAAAGUGAAAACAAUAUUUAGACAAGACAAAAGGGUUAAAUUGCAAAUAUGGGAUACGGCUGGUCAGGAACGUUAUCGUACUAUAACAACGGCCUAUUAUCGUGGUGCGAUGGGCUUCAUUCUGAUGUACGAUAUAACUAAUGAAGAGUCCUUCAAUGCUGUUCAAGACUGGGUAACCCAAAUCAAAACCUAUUCAUGGGAUAAUGCUCAAGUUGUCCUUGUUGGUAACAAAUGUGAUCUUGUGGACGACAGAGCUGUAUCCGUGGACCGAGGAAGACACUUAGCCCAUCAAUUAGGUCUGGAGUUUUUCGAAGCAUCAGCAAAAGAAAAUAUCAAUGUGAAAAAUGUCUUUGAACGCCUGGUUGAUAUUAUAUGUGAUAAAAUGUCUGAUAAUAUGGAUAAUAAUCCAGCUGUAGCUGGUGGUGCAUCGAAAGGUAAUCGUCUCACCGAUAAAUCUCAACAACAACAGCAACAACAACAAGGCCAGUGUCAGUGUUAA